AUGGCCGCGACGGUGUACACCUACGCCCUCAACUUCGUCGUUAGCUCCGACGCAGCGGCGAGCACAUCAGCUAUGACGUUCGUCGCCGGCUCCGACACAGCAAAGUCCAAGCCGUCGGUGGUCAUCAGCACGUGGCUAAAUGUUGCACACGCGAGUAUCGGUGUCAGGGAUUGGGGCCUUAGCAUGGAUAAGAGUGAGCCACUGAGGUGUAAGGACAUGACCUCAUUGGUGGACCCCACGAGCUUCCCGGCUAUGAAGACAGCUGGCACCGGGCCUUUGCAGCCCAUUCUCGCGAGGGCCUUCUCGAUUUCUGUGCCGUCCAAUUCGUGGUCGAGUUCGUAA